AUGACCACCGAGUUACCUGAUGGCACCAUUAUCCCGGUACACGACGAUGGGGUUGUCAUAGAGAUCAAACCCACUCCGCCCAAAGAAAUCCACGAAGCUUCAGCAACAAAAGAGGAGAAUCAACAGAAGCCAAUACCGGCACUGGAACCAGCACCAGAGUCGACGCCAGAGAAAACGAAAAAUAAAAAGACAUCAUCAGCCAGAGCCCAAAAGUACAGAGAACAGCAGCAACUGAAGAAGCAGCAAGAGAAGCAGCAACAGGGCUUGUUGGUUCAGCAGGGACAGCAACAACAAGAGGAUUACAGCACAACACCAAACCACGCGGAACAAGAAGGGACAAGCGAAAGCACCUCGAUCGAAAUCCCAGAGGGAAUGCUCGAACACCCCGAUCCAGACAAGCGCACCGAGAAAGCAGUCAGUCCGGCAGAGAGGCGAAGGUUAAUCAAAGAAGAGAUCAAGAGGCUGGCACAGCCUGGAGAGAGGGGAUAUUAUCAACGGCGACUGUGGUGA